AUGGAGGGUGCAGAAGCUGCGGACAGAAAUGUUGAAAUGUGGAAGAUCAAGAAAUUGAUCAAAAGUCUUGAAGCAGCAAGAGGGUACUAUAAAAUUGAGACCAAUUUGGUUGUUUGUGAGUUGUUGGCAAAUUAAAGUGUAUUAAGGCAUAAAGCACUUCAACCUGUAUUUUUAGCAAUGGCACCAGUAUGAUUUCGCUAAUUAUUCCCCCGAAAGAUCAGAUUUCGCGAAUUGCCAAAAUGUUGGCAGAUGAAUUUGGCACAGCUUCAAAUAUAAAAAGUCGUGUUAACAGGUAAAAAAUGUUAUUCAUUCCAUUUUUGUGCUAUCCUGAAUUAUCAAUGUCUCGAUAAGCGUUGUCAGUCUUGCCUAAUAACACUUACAUUGACUUUGGUAAUUAUUUCAGAUAUCUCGAAAACCUUAUUGAAUAACUGUUUAUUUGUACUUUAUUAACUUUAUAAAUUUAUAAUGUAGAUUAUCUGUCCUAAGUGCGAUUACAUCAGUACAACAGAGGUUGAAAUUAUAUAACAAAGGUACGGUACUAAAUAAUAUUUUUCUGCCAAAUCAAAAUUAUAUAUUUAUUUAUCCUAUAUGACAUUGAACAAUAGACCUUAUGCAUAAUGAUGUCACAAGGCUUGAUGCCUGCGAGGAAUGCCGGUCUUAGUAGUCAUAGUUCGGGAAAACUAAACAAUUCAAAAUAGCCACUAUCGAAAUUUUCCCAGGUGAUGACUACUAAGACCAGCAUUCCUCGCAGGCAUCAAGCCUUGUGACGUCAUUAUGCACAAGGUCUAUUGUUUACUAGUCUGUUACCACCCACAAUUUGAUCAUGAAUUGUGAUAAUCUUUUAAAAUUUCCAGUUCCACCAAAUGGUUUGGUAAUAUAUUGUGGUACAAUAGUAACAGAAGAUGGCAAAGAGAAGAAAGUGAAUAUAGAUUUUGAACCAUUCAGGCCUAUAAAUACAUCUUUAUAUCUUUGUGAUAAUAAAUUUCAUACUGAAGUAAGUGCUAUUGCAAAAUUUUCUGCUAAUGAUCACUUUUCUGUUCGCCUGGUUAAAAUGGGACUUGGUUAGUUGGUUUGCCCCGUUGCCUGCUUGCAGCCUGAAUUUGUUUCAGAAUGGCUGCUGUCGAUGAAACCUGAAUUUGUCUUAUGCUUCUGUUGGUUAAUUUAAAGUAAUUGAAAUCCUCAGUUUUGAUGUCAGAAGUGUUGUUUGUAUAAUCACCUCUCUCCUCCACAGAAGCAAGCCAUAAACUGGGUUAACUUGAGAAUAAAGCAGCCACAAAACCAGAGUUUUAACUUGUGUAUAUAGUUUUAACUUUUAACUAGUUGUAAACCCAUCAUAAUUUAUUGUCCUUUCUGUAACGUCCUGCAGCUAUCUUUGACUGUUAGCUGAAGGGUUUUCCAUGAAAGGUAGAUCAAAGCAUCCUUCAAGACCAUGGUAGAUUGUUUUUAGUAGUCUGCUGUGGAUGAAAUGGUUGUGACAUUGACACAUGAAUAGAUAAAUUGUAUGAGAGUUUCCAGUGUCCUAGUUAAAUGAGAACAAGAGUUGCAUAAUAAUUUAUGAAAGUGGACUGGAUACCUUUCUUUUCACUCAGUUUUAAUUUUAUUUAACUAAAAAUGUGCAAAUGCAAAUAACACAAAUUCUAAUACAGCACAAUUUAGAUAGAAGAAUGGUAUUCAGUGAGUUAACUCAUUACGUGUUUGUAAACUAAUUUCAUCUAGGCGUUAAGUAAUUUACUAACAGAUGACACAAAGUUUGGUUUUAUUGUGAUGGAUGGUAAUGGUGCUCUUUUUGGUACUUUGUGUGGAAACACUCGUGAUGUUCUGCAUAGGUUUACUGUGGAUCUACCAAAGAAACAUGGUGGGCUAUAUUUUAUUAUUUAAUAGUUUCUGCAUUUUAAUUGGUCGAGAGCUGUGAUCUAUUAGAGGGCAGACAUGCAAAUGAUGCCAUUUUGGUGAUAUAUUACAGCUAAAGGGCAUUGCCUUUCCUAUUGUUGUGUGGUACUCUAAUGUGUAAUACAUUGAGAGUAAAGACUGGAAAGGUAGAUUAAACAUGGCUGACUAGCAGGCAUCUUGUAUCCAUUCCAUAUAUCUGAUGCUUACUUUCAGCCAACAUCACUGCAAGUGCACUGUGCAAGGCUUUUUAUUAAAAAACAUAUUGCUUAAUUCAGUAACAUGUUAUCUGACAUUUCAUGGUUUAUACAUUAUCACUAAGUUGUCUGUUAUUGUUUUAGGUCGUGGUGGUCAAUCAGCUUUACGUUUUGCUCGAUUAAGAAUGGAAAAGAGGCAUAAUUAUGUGCGAAAAGUAGCAGAGACUGCUGUUCAACUGUAUAUAGCUAAUGAUAAAGUAUGUUUGCCUUAUAGACUUUUGUAGUUUUGUGUAUGUCAAUUCCAGUUAAGUAUUUGUUUUUUUGCUUUGCCUAAAAAAAUCACCCAGUGGGUGAUUAGAUUGGCAUUAUCAUUCUUCUCUGACUGGUACAAUAUCCUGCAGUGAAACCCACCUGUAUUCCUUAUUUUGCGGUUAAUAUAGUGACAACAUUUUUUUUCUCUUUUUGAAAAUGUAGCCUAACGUGACUGGGCUCAUCUUGGCAGGUUCAGCCGACUUUAAAACAGAACUAAGCCAAUCUGAUAUGUUUGAUCAGGUAAAUGGUGAAACUCAAUUUUAAAUUAGUAAAAGGCUUUUAUACAUGUAAAAAUACAAGUAAGGAGAAUAUCUAUUUGAUUGUGUCUUCAUUAAAUUUAAAAGCGUUGUGGAUUGGAAAUAAGGGAGCUUUUAUAUUUAGAGUAAAAAUCAUAUAAUACAUUCUAUAUUGAUGGUUGGUAGUUCCCUGUGAUGUCUAUAGAAAGUGACAUUAUAGUUUUCCUCCAUCAUAAAGCAAACAUACACAUGAACUUCUUCACCCUCCGACACAGACUGAGCAGAAAUGCUAGUUCUCUGUUGUGCUGGAGUGUUUUGCAUGUUCAUAUAUUUACAUUUAUGUUGUAUGAUACAGUGUCAGUAUGAUAUAGUAUCAGGGCUGGUGGAACAGGGGAUGAGUUAAAGGCUGGUUUAUACUAUCAAAUAAUGUUUCUGUGAUCUCAGUAGGAAUUUUGCAUCGGUAAAUUAAAUUAAGUUUUGAAAGAUUUGCAAGAAAUGUCUGAGGGAACGGACUUGGUGUCAAACAUUUCUUGUCUAAGUAUUCAUGCAAGUUCUUUGCCGAUGACAGAGCUUCAUUUUCACUAGUAGAAUUUAUUUCAUUUUUAAAGCGUCUUCAGUCACGAGUACUAAAGUUGGUCGAUGUUUCGUAUGGUGGAGAAAACGGUUUUAACCAGGUAAAAAUUUGAAACAAUCAUCCAAAUUAUGUUCUUGGUAAAUAUAAGAUGGUUGUAUAAUAGUCACUGUUAACUGUUUUUUAGGCUAUUGAAUUGGCUUCGGAGGUACUAGCAAACGUCAAGUUUAUACAAGAGAAGAAACUUAUAGGUAAUCAGCUUGUUCAGUUGUUCUGUUUGGCAUGUUUGCAAUGAUAUGAAUGUUUAUAAUGAUGGGAUGAAAUAUUAUUUAACAAUAUAUGAAAUCAUUAACAUUACCCAUAUUUUUGUACAGGGAAAUACUUUGAUGAAAUUUCACAAGAUACUGGAAAGUUCUGUUUUGGUGUUGAUGAUACAUUGAAGGUACACAAAGCAGUUUCCUGUAAAUAUUCUUUUCUUUCACAUUUACGUUUUAAGUUUUCAUGCCGUUAAUAUUUAAAAAUAUUGAUUUACAUUUCUCAAAUAGGCGCUUGAAAUGGGUGCUGUGAAUAUCUUAAUCGUUUGGGAAAACUUAGAAAUUCAGAGAUUUGUACUAAAGAAUCACGCAUUAGAUGGUAAGCGCUAUUACAUAUUGAGUUUUCAUUGAUUAAUCGUUAUUCACGUUUUGUUGCGUGACUAACAGAACGAAUUACGUUGUUUGAACCUUCAAAGCAGUUUAAAACGUGCAUUCAUAGUAAAAAAAAACACAAAAAAAAACAUGCAAAAUAUGAUAUUGAUGGUUGGUAGUUCCCUGUGAUGUCUAUAGAAAGUGACAUUAUAGUUUUCCUCCAUCAUAAAGCAAACAUACACAUGAACUUCUUCACCCUCUAACACAAACUGAGCAGAAAUGCUAGUUCUCUGUUGAGUUGGAGUGUUUUGCAUGUUCAUACAUUUAACACAAACUAUCAUGACUCCCUAAUCCUAGCGCCGUUACACAGACUCAUGUGUACGACAAGAAGCUGGACUUGAAACUGUUAAUUUAUUUUUAGAGGAAAAAGUUUUACAUUUACGCCCUGAUCAAGAACGAGACCAAACUAACUUUGUCGACCAGAAUGUAAGUGCUUUGCUGUGAUGCUGUUAAAUUUUGCAUGAAUAAUCACUUUGGUAUACUCUUGCAUUAAACAAUUUUCACUAACUAGCAGAGUGAAACAUAAUGUUUUUUGUUAUUACAGACGGGUGUUGAAUUGGAACUUGUUGAAAAAAUGUCAUUACUUGAGUGGUUGGCCAAUAACUAUAAAAAUUUCGGUAAAUAAAAAUAAAAUAAUCAGACUGUUUGUUUUGUAUUUCUGCAUGACAUUGAUAUUUACACUCAUCCAAUGAUGUCUGAACUAUUGACGACGUAAUUAAUACUUCCUUAUGAUUUCUUUAGGUGCAACACUUGAGAUAAUCACAGAUCGCUCACAAGAAGGUGCUCAAUUCUGUAAAGGCUUCGGCGGCAUUGGAGGUAGGAAUAUAGAGUCAUGCAGUUACUGGAAUCAAUUGAAGAAUCCCAAUUCUCGCAACAUAUUUGAGAGCACUGAGAGUCCCUAUCAUUUACGCACCAACCUAUGAUGAAGUUUUGCGAUUGGUUAAUUAUAGCAAUGAAACACAAUACAAUGCUAGCCAAUCACUCUUGACUGUUGUUUAAGCAAGCCAAUCCCAAAACAUGCUCAUUUUGGGCUGAUACUUGGCGUUCUUGAAGAACCUUUAGAACCAGGAUAAUAAUGGCAGGAAUUUACUAACGUUUAAUACAAUCUUGUUCUAGGUAUACUAAGAUAUCGAGUGGACUUUCAGUCGAUGGAAUUUGAUGAUGAUGAUUGGAUGGAUGACAGUGAUGAUGAUUAA